GUCAUUGUAAAUUUUCAUUUAGUGAUCUUGAAAAAUAUUAAAUAAGAUUAGAGCCGAGUUUGGCGUGAGUAAUCGAUUUAGUGUACCUACUAAAAUAAAUGUCAAUGGUAUUCUUUACAAAAUGACAACGCGAAAACCUAACAAUAUUUUCUGAAAAUUUGCAAUAACCAGCUACUCCCUUUUGCUACUCGUGUCAGUCUUCCUGCGCAGUAGAAAAACUAAGUGCUCAGACUUCUAAAAUCCUGGAAAACUAUAUGUUAAUAAUGUUCAGCCAAGUCUAUUUUUUCUUCGACGUAUCCAACCCCCGGUGAUAAUGUGUGUCAAAUUUUGUGUAAUCUUAGUGUAUAUAGCAUCAAUGUGACCGUGAAUUUGUUUAUUUACGGUGGGGUCCGAUUGUGGGAUGGCUUUUCAAGAGUAUGUAACAGGUUUCUUCGGAAACCACAACGUUAUGGCGCCUUUCUCACGCUUUUACCGAGCUAUGGUGCUCAAGAUGAACCAACAUGAAGAUGAAGCGACAACGUCUGGUAUUACGGAUGGCGCGAUCGACGAACAAAACCGGGUCAUCUUCAUCAACCAGCCGCAACCGCAGAAAUUCGUUAACAAUAGGAUAUCCACCGCCAAGUAUAGUGUACCGUCGUUCGUGCCGCUAUUCCUGUUCGAGCAGUUUCGACGCUAUUCCAACUGCUUUUUUCUGCUGAUCGCGCUGCUGCAGCAGAUCCCUGACGUGUCUCCUACGGGGAGAUGGACCACGCUGACGCCGCUCGUUCUCAUCCUCACCGUAAGCGCGCUCAAAGAGAUCGUGGAGGACUACAAACGUCACCGCGCGGACGAAGAAACCAACCGUCGCAAAGUGGAAGUGCUAAGGGAAGGGGCGUGGCAACUGGUCCGGUGGGAAAAACUACAAGUGGGCGACGUCUGCAAGGUCUACAACAACCAGUUCUUCCCCGCUGACCUCGUGCUGCUUGCAUCCAGUGAGCCACAGAGCAUUGCAUUUAUCGAAACGUCCAACUUGGACGGAGAGACGAACCUAAAGACGCGUCAAGCUCAACCGGAGACCGCGCGGUUGCAGCACGACUCCGAACUGGCUUCCUUCCGAGCCACGCUUCAGUGUGAACCGCCCAACAGGCAUCUCUACGAAUUCAACGGCAUGCUCAAGGAGACCAACGCCAAAACCGUUCCAAUGGGGCUGGAGCAGAUGCUGCAAAGAGGAGCGAUGCUUCGGAACACGGCGUGGGCCUUGGCGGCCGUGGUGUACACCGGGCACGAGACCAAGCUUAUGAAAAACUCCACUAAAGCCCCAUUGAAGCGUUCGUCAAUAGAUCGCCAAACGAACACGCACAUUCUGAUGCUGUUCAUCAUUCUGAUAGUGCUGUCCCUCAUCAGCGCCGCAUUCAACGAGCUCUGGAUUCUGCGCCGCACCAAUACCGACUGGUACAUCGCUUUAGAAGGGGCCCAGAAUGCAAAUUUCGGAUUCAAUUUUUUAACGUUUUUGAUACUAUACAAUAACCUUAUACCCAUAUCUCUACAAGUCACGGCGGAAAUUGUGAGAUUCUUUCAAGCGAAGUUCAUAGCCAUGGACGGCGAGAUGUACCACGCGGAGUCGGACACUCCGGCGAUGGCCCGCACCUCCAACCUCAACGAGGAGCUGGGCAUGGUGCGCUACGUCUUCAGCGACAAGACGGGCACGCUCACCUGCAACGUCAUGGACUUCCACAAGUGCUCCAUUGCGGAGAUCGCGUACACCAAACCGGGCCCCGACGAUCGCCCGGAAGACACGCUGCUGUACCACAAUCUUCGGGAACACCCUUCGGCUCCGGACAUUGCCGAAUUCCUCACCAUGUUGGCCGUCUGUCACACCGUUAUUCCCGAGCACAAGAACGGCAAAAUCAACUACCACGCCGCUUCACCCGACGAGCGAGCACUAGUGCUGGGGGCGGCCUCGUACGGCUGGGUGUUCGAGACGCGGACUCCGACCGCGGUCACGGUGAUGGCCCGAGGCCAGAGGCUCACGUACGCCGUGCUGCACGUCAUCGCCUUCACAUCCACGCGGAAGCGGAUGUCCGUCAUCGUGCGAGCGCCGAACGGUGACAUUAAGUUGUUCUGCAAAGGCGCAGACUCGGUGAUCUACCCUCGACUGGCGGGGGGGCCCGACGCGGCGCCUUACGCCGCCGUCACCCUGGAGCAUCUCUCGCUCUUCGCCGCCGAGGGCCUGCGCACCCUGGUCUUCGCCGUCGCCGACAUCCCGGAGCACGUUUACAAGGAUUGGUCGAACACGUAUCACAAAGCCAGCAUCGCGAUACGGGACAGAGAGCAGAAGAUCGAAGAGGCCGCUCUGUUGAUCGAGAACGACUUGCGACUGCUGGGAGCCACCGCGAUCGAGGAUAAACUGCAGGAAGGCGUGCCGGAGACGAUAGCGUCUCUCCUCAAAGCCAACAUCAACGUGUGGGUGCUGACGGGGGACAAACAGGAGACCGCCAUCAACAUCGCCCACUCGGCGAGGCUCAUUCAUCCGGCGAUGCCGCUGCUGCUGCUGAACGAAGACAGCCUGGACGGCACGAGGGAGUGCCUGUCUCGUCAGUGCGCCGAGUUGGGCGACGGUCUCCGGAAGCAGAACGAGGUGGCGCUGGUCAUCGACGGCAAGACCCUGAAGUACGCCAUGGGCUGCGACCUCAAGAAGGACUUCAUCGACCUGUGCGUGUCCUGCAAGGUGGUCGUGUGCUGCCGCGUCUCUCCCAUCCAGAAGGCCGAGGUGGUGGACAUGGUGUCUCGGGCGACGGGCGCGGUGACCCUGGCCAUAGGCGACGGGGCCAACGACGUGGCCAUGAUCCAGCGGGCGUCGGUCGGCAUCGGAAUUUCGGGCGUGGAAGGUCUUCAGGCGGUCUGCGCCUCGGACUACAGCAUCGCCCAGUUCCGUUUCCUGUUGCGGCUGCUGCUGGUGCACGGCGCGUGGAAUUACUCCCGCAUCAGCAAACUCAUUCUCUAUUCCUUUUACAAGAACAUCUGCCUCUACGUCAUCGAGCUGUGGUUCGCGAUUUACUCCGCAUGGUCCGGUCAGAUCCUGUUCGAGCGUUGGACGAUAGGAUUCUACAACGUGAUCUUCACGGCCCUACCGCCCUUCGCCAUCGGCCUCUUCGACAAGAUCUGCUCGCCGGAGAUCAUGUUGCGGCAUCCGGUGCUGUACGUGCCUUCCCAGCAAGGGCUGCUGUUCAACGUGCGCGUGUUUUGGGUGUGGGCGGUCAACGCGCUGCUCCACUCGGUGCUGCUGUUCUGGCUGCCGGUGCUGCUGGCGUCGCACCACGUGCUGUGGCCCAGCGGACGGGACGGAGGCUACCUGGUGCUGGGCAACCUGGUGUACACGUACGUGGUGGCGACGGUCUGCCUGAAGGCGGGGCUGGCGACGCACUCGUGGACGUGGGUGACGCACGUGUCCAUCUGGGGCUCCCUGGCGCUCUGGUUCGUCUUCAUACUGGUCUACAGCAACCUGUACCCGGCGAUCCUGAUAGGCGCGGUGAUGCGCGGCAUGGACCGCAUGGUGUUCAGCUCGCUGGUCUUCUGGUUCGCCCUGCUGCUCAUCCCGGCCGCCACGCUCAUCCCGGACCUGAUCAUCACCGUCGUCCACAACUCGGCCUUCAAGACCACGACGGAGGCCGUGAGAGAGAGCGAGAUAAAGAAACGUGAUCCGGCCGCACUCCUCGCACACCCGCGGCACUCAGUGUUCACCGCGAGUUGGAAGCGCCUCGAGUACGCGGUGGCCGGCGUCUCUCUGAUGAAGUGCUUGACGGAGACGGCGCGACUUCUGCAGAACGUGCGCAGCGUCUUCGGCCGCCGAGCCAACACCCGCGCACAGAUGGACCUCGAGCUUUCCCAUGGUUUCGCAUUUUCCCAAGAAGAGGGCGCGAGCGUGUCCCAGGCCGACGUCAUCCGCGCCUACGACACGAGUCAGCCCAGAGAGCGUUGUUGAGCUGACGCACUCCCACACACUAUAUCAUUUUACACUAAUUUUAACCGUUGCACUCGAUUGUAUGGGCAUAUUAAAUAUUUUAUGACAGUUUUAUUCGAUGUACUGUAGUUAAUGGUAUUUGCCGCAGUCGGCCACUUCGGCAUUGUGCCGUGACGCCGAUGAGGACAUUUGAACAGUAGAAUUUCAAAUGGAUCGACCAACAUUUACGAGAGUUAUUUUGCUAAACGCGUUUAGCGAUUUUAAGUUUGGUAUAGAUUACUCUAUCAAACAAUAUUGGCAAUCUGGCCGAAUGACUUUCUUAACUUAGUACAAAAUCAUAGUUUGUAUCUAUUUAUUGCUAAAUAAGUUGUCUAAAUAGGAGAUGAAAGCUACACGUUACACCACUUCGAAGACAGGCGCGACUUGUAUGUUCGUAGUUAAGCGCAAAUUAAGGGUGGCUCGAGUUGCAGAACGUUGUUGUUCUGCAUUAUCUUGGUCUAAUAUUAUUGUUUAAUAUACUAAUAUUUGCAACACGUUAGUCUUUAGUCAAUGUCUGCAUUAGUUUUAAUUAAAUACUACUCGAUGUCAGACUUUUCUAAAUAUUCCGCAAAAACACGGAAGUGGAUUACAUACCAGCGUUAAUGUCUUGAGUAUGGGGGGCCUUGUCAGAGAUAUCUAGUCAGUGAACGAUAAAUAACUAGUUGAGAGUUUGACAUCGACUAGUGUAAGUAUUGGCUUUAAGUACGUUUUGAUGUCUUCGUAUAACCAGAAUUCUGUUGAUAUUAGAUUAAUCAAAAAUUAAAUAAUGAUCUUGUCAUUUUAUAAACUAUUUUAAAUGUUUAUAUAUUUUAUAAAUUGUAUUCUUUGAACCAAAUGCAUCUUCAGUGUUUUGCGCUUACGGGAAAUACUUUCGUCUACCUCGUGAAAAUUAAGUUUUACCUAUAAAAACAAGGUUGUAUAUUAAAUUAUUUAAAAAAUCAGAAUUAAACAAUAUUCAGGGAAGCUUUUCGCUAUUGACCCAAAUGUAUGUCACAAACUUAACGUUGAAUAAGUAUUUUUUUUAUACAGCACUAGACGAACGUCUCUCUAAGAAAUCUUAAAUUAAUUUAGAAUUCAUUUUUGUCCCCCACUUCGUUUAGAAUGGCGAAUAUCAAGCUGUAACUCGUCCUCGUAGUCGAAUCGAUAUUCCCUUGCUCAGUUGCUUAUGAAUUGCUUUACAUCGACACGACCGCUACGUUUACAGGCUUUGAAUGUAAUGAUUUAAUGUAAACGCUGCCCCGACUAUUCAUUUAAAGCUCGACGCAAAUUGUAACACUGUCGUUUCUGUGGAAAGGUAAAAGUUAAAAAAUAUCAAUAACUGGCUUCUGCGUGAUCAAAACUUAAAUUAUUGUGAUAUUUGAUGUAACUUGGCUAUGAAAUUUCCGAGUUUUUACUGUGUCGACUGCUCGUUGGUUUUUGGACGGUGUGUUGAUGUUUGUCACGUAUAUACCUCUAACAGUUUAUUAUUGUUAACUGUUACUUCGUCUAAGCGAUCUGCGAAGGCCGGGACGCGGCUGGGGUGCGCGCUCGCAUCUUGUGCGUGCCUGUGAUACAUUUAUUUUAAAAAAAUCUUAUUGAAUGACGUCAUAAAUAAAUACCAAAAGUCCUUGUCAUUGAUCGGAGACCCCGCCCGGUAUAUGCCUACACUAUUAUAUAUAUGUAUUAACAAUGGGAUCAAUAUUUUAAUGAAUAUUUGUUAUGACAACGGACGAGCAAAAGCAAAACACGCUAUAGCCAAAUGUAGUAGCCACACGUAGCUGCGUUCCGAAGCCGAUUAUUUGGUAGAAUAAACUAAAUGUGAAUUAAUAGAAAUAUUAAAUUAUUUGUUCCCGUUCU